AUGGCGGCAAAUCGUCCAAACAUACCCAAAUUCGGAGACUGGACUGAAGAUGCGCCAUUUACGGUUGUGUUCGAUAAAGCCAGUAGGUCGAAGAAAAACACAACAAACGUGUCUAAUCCCAACGAGUAUCCAGAUAUGAAUCCAAAUCCUGCACCAAGUCGAAAUCAAAGACACGAUCAACAACCAAACCACAAUGUACGACCAAGACACGAGAGAUUGAGUAGCAGAGAAGAAACCGAAUUGAGACCCUUCUCGCAGUCACACAAUGAAAGAAACAUGAGAGCCAGAGCUCCUCCCACACCAGAAACUUACAACCAUCAAUCAUACGGUGGUGGAGGAAGAUCAGCUGGAAAUCUAUUGGAAGCUAAUCGACGGCAACCCCAUGAUCCUCCACAGGUGCAACCUAGGCCGAUUCGUAAUCUUAGAGGCCGGAGCAGUGAAAGAGUUGCAACCAUUCCACCGUUUCCUGGAUCGGGAUCGGAUCAGAAUCAGAGCUACACACUCAUCUUUGACAAAGUGAAGGAAGACAGGAAACAAAGUGGGACUGUGAGGUCUUACAAUGGAACCGCUCAAAGCACCCCGUCUCGAACCAACGACCAACAUCAUCAACCGUUACCUUCUAGUCCCAAGGGCUGCUGCUUUCCUCCAUGGAAAUGA